AGGGGAUUCAAAUCCUUCCCUCUUUAUGCAAAUAUCUUGUCCACGUGAAUUUUUGAGAUUCUGCAAAACAUGUGUUCAAAUAUUUGCCUUCAACUUAAAAGCUGUCUGCAUGUUUGAAAAUCAUUAAUUAAUACACUGAAUCAAGAAAUUACACCCAAUUUAAGACACAGGAUACGUUUGCAUGUUUAAAUACCCUUCUCUUUCAUACCUUCAAAUCAAACUGCAACACAUCUGAGAUAUCUACCAUUCCUAAUUCCAGGGCUAAUUUCAAUGGCCCAUGCUCACUGUUCUCAGCCAGACAUUACAAAAAUAAACGUAGAAUGCCACAAGUGUCAAGAGAAGCUGAGGAGAUUUCUGUCAAAAUUUCAGGGAACCUAUUCUGUUAAGUUCGAUGCGGAAUCAGGAAGACUAACAGUUGAAUCUACAGCAGACAAGCAAGUGUUCAAAGAGGCAGUUGGGCUUGUGUGUGAGGAUACUCUGCCACAACCCCAUCUGCACAAUGGCAUGCAACACAAUGCUAGCAGAAGCCACAUUUCCAAUGUAGCAGCAGCAGGCAAUGGUUAUGGAGGAGCACAAGAGGGGCUUGAGAUUAUAAGAUGGGCUCAAAUGGCAGAGCUCCAAAAAUUGCCUAACUUCCACAAGCUAAGGAAGCUGGAACUUACCCAGUCUGGGGUCGACAGAAGAAUCAAGCUUACCUUCUUCAAUGACUACAAAAUGGAUGGUCAGGAUCAACAGAUUCAUAUAGUCAAGGAUGAUAGGCCUCAUGGUGGAGGAAGCUGCAGCAAUGUUAAUAAUAUUGGGCCCUCUGCAAAUACUGCAAUGUCCAAAAACAAAACUUGUUGCUCAAGCAACCAUGGAGAUCAUCAAGGUGGUGAAGGAAUCAGUUCCACGAGUACUUGUGACGGUGGUAGCAACCAUAACUUUGAAUUUCAAUAUGUUCAUACUUCCGAUGGGGUACCGACGGCGGCUGCGGGCAAUAAUAUUGGUUCACACACGUAUUUGAUUCCAAACUGCCGUGAGCCCGCCAUGACCGUCAAACAUGCGGCGGUCGGAUGUGAGGAUGUGAUCGCAAGCAAAUGCACCAUCUUGUGAUCAUCCCCAAGAUCUCCAUUGCCAAUUUCCAUGACUGAUCGACUUUUCUACAUAUGCUUCUCAUUAGCUAUUGGACUUCUACAAUAAAAUACUAAUCAAGUAUUCUUGCCAUAAGAAUAGUUAGGUAGG